CAUCGAUUAGCCUAGGUUAGUUGACCAAUGAGAAGCUGCGUUUUAAGGACCGUCAGAAAGCGACGGUAAAGUUUCCAAAAUGGUGCUCGAGAGUACUAUGGUCUGCGUGGACAACAGUGAAUACAUGCGAAAUGGGGACUUCCUGCCCACGAGACUACAGGCCCAGCAGGACGCCGUCAACAUCGUCUGCCACUCCAAGACCCGCAGCAACCCCGAGAACAACGUGGGCCUCAUCACAAUGGCAAAUAACUGUGAGGUGCUGACCACCCUAACCCCGGACACCGGCCGGAUCCUCUCAAAGCUGCAUGCGGUUCAGCCCCGGGGCAAGAUCAGCUUCUGCACCGGCAUCAGAGUGGCCCAUCUGGCCCUGAAGCACAGACAGGGCAAAAAUCACAAGAUGCGCAUCAUCGCCUUCGUGGGAAGUCCUGUCGAGGACAACGAGAAGGACCUGGUCAAAAUGGCCAAACGGUUGAAGAAAGAGAAGGUCAAUGUGGACGUGAUCAACUUUGGAGAGGAGGAGGUGAACACAGAGAAGCUGACUGCCUUCAUCAACACCCUAAACGGGAAGGAGGGGACGGGAUCCCACCUGGUGACUGUGCCCCCGGGGCCCAGUCUGGCCGACGCCCUGCUGUCCUCCCCCAUCCUGGCCGGCGAGGGGGGUUCCAUGCUGGGCCUGGGGGCCAGCGACUUCGAGUUUGGUGUGGACCCCAGUGCCGACCCUGAGCUUGCACUGGCGCUGCGUGUUUCCAUGGAGGAGCAGAGGCAGCGGCAGGAGGAGGAGGCUCGGAGGGCGGCCGCCGCCUCCGCUGCUGAGGCCGGGAUCCCCACCCCUACAGGAGACGAGUCGGAGGACGCCCUGCUGAAGAUGUCCGUGUCGCAGCCCGAGACGGGCGCCGCCGUCCUGCCUGACUUCAGCAGCAUGACGGAGGACGAGCAGAUCGCCUACGCCAUGCAGAUGUCCCUGCAGGGGGCCGGCGGCGAGUUUGGCGAAUCCAUACCGAUGGACACAGGAGCACCCAUGGACACUGCCGAAUCUGCCAAGGAGGAAGACGACUACGACGUCAUGCAGGACCCCGAGUUCCUGCAGAGCGUGCUGGAGAGCCUGCCCGGGGUGGACCCCAACAACGAGGCCAUCCGCAACGCCAUGGGGUCCCUGGCCUCGCAGACCGGGGCCAAGCCCCCUGAGGGGAAGAAGGACGAGGAGAAGAAGAAAUGAGACCUGCCGGAGGACGGAGGGACGGCCCAGCGCCAGACGGACCGCCGACCGGACUGAGGGAUCUCACAGGGACGGACGGAUGGACGGACGGACAGACAGACGGACCUGGACUUGACGCCAUUUUGUGUACAACAGAGAAAGCUGUGCACUGGAAGACCUGACUGAUUUCUAGGUGGACUUGAUCCUUGACUAGACAGACGGUCUUAGUUUUUUUUUUUGACGGUUGGACAAGCAAAGUGGCACACAGACUUUCAGGAAAGUACAGAGACUGUAAUAUACACGUGCAAACACCCACACAUGCACACGCGCGCCCACACAGACACACACACACACACACACACACACACAACUCUGUGAAUAUAUCUGACUGUGACCUGACCGACCGGUACACCUCUAACAGUAUGUAGACAGGUUCUGAAAGCUGUAUACUAAAUAGUUAUCCUCUCUCCUCAUCUUUGGCUUGGUUUUCUUUUUUGUAUUGCGAUUAAAAACAAGUGGGCAAAGGUCGGUAUGCAUGUCUUUUUCAAUUCCCACCACCUCUUCCCUGCCGUUUCUCAGCCUGUUGCUAUUUUAAAGGCCUUUGUAUAAAAAAAGAAGAAAAUAGAAGACUGUAUUAAAUGAAAUAUGUAACAUUCA